ACAAAAGUCAUGAUCAUCAGUGACGUCUUAACUCGGAGACUUCCAUGGAAAUUAAGGGACGCUAACAAAACUGAGUUGCUGACCGAGAUGAAGGUUUACCAAGAACACGCCUCCAACUACUGGCGAGAGAAGGCGCAGCUGUUCUCACUUGGUGUGAAGCACAUCUCUCGACUCUUCGUUCCCCUCGCAUUCGAACACCUGGAUACACACCCGAAUGAUCAGCGACUCCACAGAUGGAUUGAGAACAUGGGACGGCUGGCAGACAUGCUGCACACGCGGCUGAGGGGUUGGGCACAGGACGUGCAGUCCAUCAGCGAACAGAUAGCGAACUACAAGGUGGAAGAAGACCAGAAGAGCCCUGGGAGUUACAUAGUCAGGAAACCACUGCUAAAUCAUGGGCUGCUGUUCCACCAUGAAGUUUUCCUCUCAUUUCUCGACGACUUUAGUGCACAGUGUGCGGAGCAACAGCCAAAAGCAUCACAGAUGUUUGGUCUAGCUGACGCAGUUUACUCCUUCUAUUAUGAGCAUUGGUUCAAGCAAGGAGUGUACUACAGCCGGCGUAUUCCAGCUCAUAUCAGCAUUGUAGAUGAGGAGUGGCGGCUGGAGGACAAAAGCAGCGCCACGCUCUCAGUGGACACUGGCUGCAUGCAGCUGUUGGCGGACGCCCUGGACCACCCCAGGUGUCCACUGGAAGACCUGCCACCGGAAACCAUCCAGCAGCGCCAGCAGUGCCGCGAGCAGCUGUGGGACGAUAUGGUGCAGAGGUCGCCCCACAUACCCGUCACCAGCUACCUGGCCUACACGCAGAGGGCGAACGUCAACCUCUGCCUCUUAGCCUGGAUGGCUGUCAACUCACUGGGCAUUUGCCAGGACGUCCCAUUCAGUGUGGUACAGUCCGUCCAUGAUGCUCGCUGCUAUUUCGACAGCCCUGACGAUCAGUCCUGCCUGCAGUCGAACGCCACAGACGCCAUCUGCUCUGUCUCCAGAGCUAUUCUGCUGCUGAAGUGUCGCGAUUUUUCUUCCUCUACGCCGCCAGAGUUGUGUGUCGUCAAAUUUUACACAAAUGGAUCGUACACGACGACGGCCAAUGCAACGUGGGGUGACACGAACUACAAAUGGUACGGAAAGCCAACGGAGAGAACGCUGCGGUACAAAGACACUUUAAACAGUGCCACUUUGAAAUACAAAGAUUUUAAAAUCGACGGCUUAAAACCUCUAGAAAUGUCAUUUAUAGGACUGAACAUCAUUUUCCGCAUUUUGACUGCUGGAGUGUGUCCCCGACUUAUCUACGAUGGUACUAAUCGAUAG